AUGUUAUUCCUGAAAAGUCUGUUAAAUUCCAAGUCUUUGGUUAUCAAUACUGUUAAGAAUUGUUCUAAACUGUAUAAGUUAGGAAAACUUAAUCAUGUUGCUAUAGCCGUUCCUGAUUUAGAAAAAGCGGCUAAACUUUAUCGGGAUCUUGGAGCUAAAGUUUCAAAAUCUGUACCUCAGGAAGAGCAUGGUGUCUAUACAGUAUUUGUUGAACUGGGAAAUUCAAAAAUUGAACUUCUUCAUCCAUAUGGUGAUAAUUCUCCUAUUGCUGGAUUUUUAAGCAAGAAUAAGACAGGAGGAAUGCAUCAUGUUUGUAUUGAAGUAUCUGAUAUUAAUGCUGCUGUUGAAAAGGUACGCUCAAUGGGAAUUAGAACUUUAGGUGAUAAACCUAAAAUUGGAGCACAUGGAAAGCCUGUAAUGUUUUUACAUCCAAAAGAUUGUAAUGGAGUUUUAACAGAAUUAGAACAAGAAUAA